ACGUGACCUCCGUACAGGGCCUGCUGUCUGUUUUCAGCGGAGGGAGAGAUCCGAAGAAAAAUGGCGACUGCAGGCGACCUAAAGCGGGAAGCCGGCCAUUCUAUUUGAACUUUCUACUAAAAAUUGAGCCCGGGGCUUGGUGGGGCUAAUUGAGACUAUAGCGACGUUGGUUAGGGUUUCCGAGGGUGCCCGUUUUUUCGGGUUUGCGUGGACUAGUCGCGCGCUAAAAUUGAAAUAAAAAAUAAUACAUCUGCUACAAUGCGAGGGAGAAGAGGAAGGCCGCCUAAACAGGCAGCGGAGAUGCAGGAGGUUUCCCCUGUGCCAGUUCGCGGUUCGAGAGGGAGAGGGAGAGGGAGAGGUAGCCGUGGUAGGGGAAGGGGCCGAGGACGUGGCCGCGGACGAGGCUCGCUGGUGGAUACCGGUGAUACAGAAAUUCAUCCGAGAGAGAACUACCAUUCGUCCAGGGGCCGGAGGAAAGUUGGAGCAGCGACGACAUCGCGGGGCAGAGGAAGAGGCAGGGGUUCGAGAGGUGGUCGGGGGAGACGGCCACUGUGCAAGGUGGUCUACGAUGACAAUAGCGACGAGGAAGAGGAUAAUAUUAGUUUGAGGUCGGAGGAAGACGAACUUUUACACGAGAAUCCCUCAGACUACGAAGAGGAGGCCGUGGGCAAUGAGUCCGAUUUUCUGGAAGAAUUACCAGAUGAGGAUGAUGCUAGCUACUGUACAGAGAGCAGCUUUCGGAGCCAUGAUAGCACGCACGGCAGCACUCCAGGCCGGAGGGGCAGACGCCCACACCGGCCCCGCUCGCCCAUCUUCGAGGCCAAGGAGGUGCCCCCCCUUGAGCUGCCCAAGUCCUCAGAGGACCUUUUGGUGCCGGCCAGUCAGCUUCUCAACAUCUCGGCCGUCUAUGAGGUGCUGCGCAACUUCGGCUCGGUCCUGCGCCUCUCGCCGUUCCGCUUUGAGGACUUUUGUGCGGCGCUGGCGGGCCAGGAGCAGUGCACCCUGCUGGCUGAGACCCACACCGCCCUGCUCAAGGCCAUCCUGCGCGAGGAGGACACAUCCAACACCACGUUCGGUCCUGCCGACCUCAAGGACAGCGUCAACUCCACGCUCUACUUCAUCGACGGCAUGACCUGGCCCGAGAUGGUGCGCGCCUACUGCGAGAGCGACCCAGAGUACCGCCAGGUGCUCCCUUUACUGGAGGGCGAGGAGUACCCCUACGAGCCCCUCGAGAGCAAAAUUAAGGUCCUUCAAUUUCUCGUGGACCAGUUCCUGGCCACCAACCUGGCUAGAGAAGAGUUGAUGUCAGAGGGGGUGGUGGCGUAUGACGACCACUGCAGGGUGUGCCACCGGCUGGGGGACCUCCUCUGCUGUGAGACGUGCUCGGCCGUCUACCACCUGGAGUGCGUGAAGCCGCCGCUGGUGGAGGUACCCGAGGACGAGUGGCAGUGCGAGGUGUGCGUGGCACACAAGGUGCCCGGCGUGGUGGACUGUGUGACGGAGGCGCAGAAGAGCCGACCAUACAUCCGCCAGCUGCCAAUCGGCUAUGACCGCCACCGCCGCAAGUACUGGUUCCUGGACCGCCGCAUUGUGGUUGAGGAGGACGGCGAGCAGGAGGACAAGACCAUCUGGUACUACAGCACCAAGGUGCAGCUGGCUGAGCUGAUCGACUGCCUGGACAAGGGUUACUGGGAGGCCGACCUGUACGCCACGCUGGAGGAGAUCAGGGACGAGGUGCACACGCACAUGGACAUCACCGAGGAGCUCACCAACAAGGCCCGCGGCGUCAACAAGUGCUUCCUCACCGCCGCCAACGAGGAGAUCCUGAACCGGCUGAGGGCCAAGCAGGAGCAGGAGCUGGAGGAGAUGAAGCGCCGGGCGGCCGAGGAGAGAGAGAAGGCGGAGGCGCAGGGAACUCUCCGAAAGGAGGAGGAGACGGAGGGGGGAGAGCCAAAGGAGAAGACUGGCGACCUAGAGAAGAAGGGAGAGGAGGAGGGAGCAGGGGAGGGUAAGGCUGACAAGGACAAGGCGACCAAAGAGGGGACUACCAUUACAGCCGAGCUGGCUCCUUCUACUGGUGACUGCUCCAUCCCUGAGGGGAGUAAGCCUGAUCUCCCGGCUCCACAACCCCCCCUCCCGGCAACGGAGGCCCCCAGCCCUGCCGUGGGGGGGCAAGACCUCCCUACCGGGGCCCGAGAGCCUGGGGACGAGGCCAAAACCAACAUCGAGGGCGUGCAGGAGGCUGAAGAGAAGGCACGUUCUGAGUCUAGCUCUCCCAGGGGAGAGGGGGUCCCCAGCCUGAGCCAGCCACCUCAUCCCAGUGGUGAGGAGAACAGUAACAGCAGCACCAUUGCCAGGGAGGCCCCCAGGGUCCCGGAAGAGCCCGACCUGGCUGACAGGUCCUCUCAGUCCUCUAUCAACAGCCAGGACGACCAGGGGGUGAACGGCGAGGCCGGUGGAAAGCGGUCGGCAGUCACGCCAGGUGGCCGCAUGGUGACCCGCCUGCGUAACCCGGAGAGUAAGCUGAGCCAGCUGAAGAGCAAGAAGGUGGAGGAAGCCGUGAACGAGGCCAACAAGGGCUACAAGGAGGGCAAAGAGGUGCUGGUGGUGACCCCGGCGGGCGACGUGUCGCGUCUCAGCACCCGCAGCCUAACAAGCAAGGAGGUGGUGAUGAAGGGCACACUCAGCCACUUCUUCAAGCUGGGCCAGGAGGGAAAGUACCGAGUCUACCACAACCAAUACAGUGGAAAUACGCUGGCCCUCAACAAGCCCCAGCACCGGGAGGACCUGGACAAGCGGCGACACCUCUCGCACAAGUUUUGCAUGACGCCGGCAGGCGACUUCAAGUGGAACGGCUCCAUCCACGGCUCCAAAGUGCUGACCAUCUCCACGCUGCGCCUCACCAUCAUCCAGCUGGAGACCAAUGUGCCCGCACCUUUCAUGCACCCCAACUGGGCCUCACACAGGAACAACUGGAUUAAGGCGGUGCAGAUGUGCAGUAAAGCCAGGGAGUUUGCCCUGGCCAUGGCCAUCUUGGAGUGUGCCAUCAAACCUGUGGCCCUGCUCCCUGUCUGGAAGGACUCUCUGGGACACACUAGGCUACACCGUAUGACGUCCAUGGAGCGGGAGGAGAAGGAGAAGGUGAAGAAGAGGGAGAAGAAGCUGGAGGACGAGGAGACCAUGCAGCAGGCCACCUGGGUCAAGUACACCUUCCCCAUCAAGCACCAGGUGUGGAAGCAGAAGGGAGAGGAGUAUCGCGUGACGGGCUGGGGCGGCUGGAGUUGGAUCAGCAAGACGCAUGUGCACCGCUUCCUGACCAAGCUGCCUGGCAACACCAACGCCAACUACCGCGCCGAGCUGGAAGCUGCCAGACGUGGCGAGAAAUGCAACUUGCUGGACUUGGGCUCAAGGCCAAGGUUGUUCAAAACAACUGUAGUUUCAGAACCCCAGGGAAGCAGAAGACCCUUAGAGAAAGAUGGGGGUGCAGCCACCACCACCACGACCACCCCAGAGCCCUCAGCAGACCGCCUGUCAGGAGAGCAGACCAAGGAAAAGUCAGAGGAGGGAAAGAAAGAAGAGAGUGACAGGCCAGCGAAGGUGAAGAUGCAAGACUCCGCUGCAGAGGAGGCUGCUGACAAGAUGGAGUUGGACCCUAGCCUCUCAGACUCAGGACAAGACGAUGAAAAAGGGACCUGCAGCAGCCCGGGGACGGAGACGACGUGCGUGAGGCAGGAGCUCGGUGAGGGGAAUGCAAGGCCCUUCAACUACGACGUGGUGGAUGUGGCCCAGGGCUUCCUGACGCGCGUGGCCUACGAGAAGAAGGUCAAGGCCUCCAAGCUGGACGGUCUGCUGGAGCGGCGCGUCAAGCAACACGCCCUGGAGGAGAAGCAGAGGGCUCAGGGCUCCCUGGCCAAGCCUACCCCAGCGAAGACCACCCCGGCCCUGCCGCAGUCCCCACUCCAGCCCCAAACUCCGACCCAGGCCCAGAGUCCCACAGUGAAAUUGGAGUUCAGCACCCCUUCGGUGCCACCUGCGCUUGCUCCGUUGUCAGUCAAAGGGGAGGUGCAGGCGCGCCCUUCAAAGACCGCUGAGGGGUUCCCUCACCCGGCCACAACGACCCCAGCCAAAGAGCCUGCAGCUGAAGCAUUCCCUAGGACACAAAACCAAAUGACCCCCCAGAAACAGGAGGGAGACCUCCCUGAGAGGACUAUAGGGCCCACAGGGGCCGGUUCAGGGCAGGAAGGCCUUAAAAGGCCCAGCAGCACAGCGGAACCAAUGGAAACUCAGAGUUCAGGUCGGAUCCACUACACUGGCAGACCAUCAGAGUCUACCAGCGACAUGCCCGCUUCCACCGAGGGUGCAGGACCUGAAGUGGCCAUUUUUAAACCCCUCUCCACAACAAUUCCUCCAAGCAGUAUAACCCAGGAGGGCAGCCAUAGUGCAGCUACCGUUCCUAAACCCCCCCAGCAAAGCACAGAGAAGAACGGGAAGGGGCCCGAGGAGAGGCAGGGCAACGGACAGAGCAGCACUGAGGCCAUCGCCACUGGGUCCCAGCCCUCCUCUCUACCUCAGAUCAAUGGAAAUGACAGCAUGGAGGCUAAAGCCUUGAUCAACUCUUUACCAACUCCAAACGAGCCCUCCAACGCUCACACUAACAGCUCUGAGGUCAAAGUGAACAGCCUAGGCAAGGCGGAGGGAGAGGGUCAAGUAGUCUCACCCCUAAAGCCCUUGCUCAACGGCAAUGUGGCCCCUUUAGCCGAGAUGACCGGGCCUGACAGCACGGAACCAAGGCCAGUUCUAAGGGUAGAGGUGGAGAGCAAGGUCAUAGUGUCAGGGCAGGACUGCCAGCCCCCGGUGAAGGUGGCCAGGCUGGAAAACAACAUGGAGGCGCUCGGAUCUACGACCACCCAGCAGCUCAACAACACCCAGCCCAUGGAAGUUAAACCUGAUGCUGCCACACCCAACAAAAUGUCCCCCUCGUCGGUGCGCUCUGCGGAGGAGAGCAGCAACAGUGGGGUGGGAUCCCUCUGUAAGACCAUACUCACCCAGGUAACCACCACAACAACCACCACGGUAUCCACAGAGUCUCGGCUAAUGGCGGGGGUCUCAAGCUCUUCGGGGACAACGCCCGCGCCCAUUGUCUCAACCACCGAGAGCAGCGCGGUGUCCACGCUCACCACCAUGACCAAAACCACUGUGACCAAAAUACGCUCACCCACGCCCGACAGCCAAUCGGACGAGAGCCAGAGCGAAACGGUGACCGAGUACAAGACCACGCUCUUCGCCGCCCACAAGGAGUCCUCUCGUUCAACCUCCUCUGUUUCGGGGGUCAUGACCUCGUCGACCUCCACCAAGGGCCGCGUUCGCCUCCUCAAGUUCUCACGCACCAAGAAGACGCGCUCGGGAACCGCCUUGCCAUCCUACCGCAAGUUUGUUACCAAGAGCCAGCGUAAGAGCAUCUUUGUCCUGCCCAACAACGACCUGAAGAAGCUGGCACGGCGGGGUGGCACCCGUGAGGUGUCCAUCUUCAGCUACAACGCCAAGCCGGCCCAGGACAUCUGGCCCUACCCCUCGCCCAGGCCCACCUAUGGCAUCACAUGGAGGUACCGUCUCCAGACAGUGAAGUCCCUGGCAGGGGUCAGUCUGAUGCUGAGGCUACUGUGGGCCUGUCUGAGGUGGGACGACAUGGCCGUCAAGCCCUCCGCCGCUGUAGGCACCACGCGCACAGCCCUAUCCCCACUCAUUGCCACAGAGACCUCCGAGACGGAGAUCACCACCACAGAGAUUAUCAAGCGCCGUGACGUGGGGCCCUACGGCAUCCGCUCGGAAUACUGCAUCCGCAAGAUCAUCUGCCCCCUCGGCACUCCCGAGACCCCGAAAGAGACUCACACGCCACAGAGGAAAGGCCUGCGCUCCAGCAACCUGCGGCCCAAGAAGCCGGAGCCCAAAAAGGAAACUGGGCCGGUGGUGAUUGAGUCCUGGGUGGCCGAGGAGGAGCUGGACCUCUGGGAGAUCAGGGCCUUCUCCGAGAGGGUUGAGAAGGAGAAAGUCCAGGCGGCGGAACAGGCCAAGAAGCGUCUGGACCAGAAAACAGGCACUGGAUCUACCACCGUCAUCACCACGGGGAGCCCAGCCACCCCCGCUUCCACCCCCAAGGUAGUGACCCUGUCGGGCCAGGCCACCCCCGGAACCAAAGUAGUACUGGCUACCAAGAUGGGCACCCCCGUCACCUUCCAGCAGAACAAGAACUUCCAGCAGUCGUUUGCUUCCUGGGUCAAGCAGGGGCAGCCCAGUGGAGCCUCGCCGGGCACGGUGGCCACGACGGCCGGACAGACUUUCCAGAUCACGGGCACGUCCAUGGGGGGCAAGGUGCUCACCGCCAAGCUGCCGCUGCCCGCCAACAGCAAGAUUGUCACUGUCAACGUGCCAACCACUCAAGGAGGUAUGAUUCAGAAGCAGGUGCUGGGCAUCAUUCCCUCAAGCCAAGCUGGCGGCGCCCAGACCUUUGCCUCGUUCCAGCCUCGCACCACAACCAUAAACAUCAGGCCGGGCAUGCCAGGCUCACCACAGCAGGUGCUCACCGCUGGAGGCCAGAUCCGUCCGGGGAUGACCGUGAUCCGCACCCCCAUCCAUCAGACAGGCGCCAUGGGUAAAAGCAUCCUCCGAACCCCCCUCAUGGUGCAGCAAGGUCAGGCAGGCCAGCAGGUGGUGACCCAGAUCAUCCGUGGGCAGGCCGUGUCCACGGCCAUCUCAGGUGCCAGCCCCGUCACCACCGUGGCCGGACAGAGGAUGGGCAGCGCCCCCAAAACCCCGGGCCAGCCCAACACGGCCCAGACGCCGCAGCGGGUACACCAGGGCCAGGUCAAACUCACCCUGGCACAACUCACCCAGCUCACCCAGAAGCAGCAGAGCCAGGCAGUAGAGCGGCCAGGCGGCGGGGCCCAGGGCCUGACGGUGAUGAUCCAGGGCCAAGGCCAGGCCACGGGCCAGCUGCAGGUCAUCCCCCAGGGGGUCACGGUCAUCCCCGGGCCCGGUCAGCAGCUCAUGCAGGCGGCCAUGCCCAACGGCCAUGUCCAACGCUUCCUCUUCACCCCCAUGGCCCCUGCCGCUACCCCAACCUCCACAGCCGCUACCGCCCCGGGACAGACCACCAAGACCCCUGCCCAGCCCGCCCAGCAGGCUGCAGCUCCCAUCCAGGCCGGCGCCGCCCUGGCCACCAGCACCCCCCCAUCCGCCACCCCCCAGGGCCAACUCCCCUCCCAGACCCAGGCCCACAUGCCCAUCCAAUCCCCCACCCCCCUCCAGGUCAAGUCCCUCAAACACCCCCCCGGCACCCCCACGGGCCGGCCCCAGCAGACCCUUCAGCUCCAGGGCUCCCCCCACCAGCUCAUCACUGUCCCGGGCCUCCAGCAACAGGUCCAGGUCCUGGCUCAGCUCCAGGCCCAACAGGGGACCUCCGGAGGCUCUCUCCCCCAGCAGAUCAAGCUCCAGCUUCCCAUCCAGAUCCAGCAACCCGGGGUCGGUGGAUCCCAGCCUGGAGGUUCGAUCCAGAAUGUGGUGGCCAUCCAGACGGCCAGCGUGCAGGAGCAACUCCAGAGGAUCCAGCAGCUGAGGGAGCAGCAACAGCAGAAGAAGAGGCUGGCGGCCGAGGCCAAGCGGGAGCAGGCGCUGGCGGCGGCCAGCCAGAGCGACAUCAUCCAGAAACAGGUGGUGAUGAAGCAGAACGCCGUGAUCGAGCACCUCAAGCAGAAGAAGCCCAUAUCCCCCGCCGAGAGAGAGGAGAACCAGAGGAUGAUUGUGUGCAACCAGGUGAUGAAGUUCAUCCUGGACAAGAUCGACAAGGACGAGAAGCAGGCGGUCAAGAAGAGGAAGAAGGAGGAAGCAGGCGAGCAGAAGAGGACCAAGGCCAACGCCACCAAGCUGUCGUCGCUGCUCUGCCGGCACAAGGAGACGCUCAAGGCCGAGAUCCUCAAGAAGAGAGCCCUGCUGGACAAGGAGCUGCAGCUGGAGACGCAGGAUGAGCUGAGGAGGGACCUCGCCAAGCUGCGACGGGACAAGGAAAGGGCCCAGGCGGCCGCCCACGCCGCCACCGCACACACGCAUCACGCCCAGCACGCCCUGACACACACCUCCCAACUCAACCCGGCGGCCUUCGCCCACAAGCGGAAGCGGGAGGAGGAGAGGGACGCGGCGUCGACGGCUAACGCCAAGAAGAAGAAGAUGAUCACCACCACUACCUCAGACAGCAAGAAGGAGACCAAGCUCUACUGUGUCUGCAGAACGCCCUACGACGAGUCCAAGUUCUACAUUGGCUGUGACCUGUGCACCAACUGGUACCACGGCGAGUGUGUGGGCGUCACCGAGAAGGAGGCCAAGAAGAUGGACGACUACAUCUGCAGCGAGUGCAAGCGGGCCCAGGAGGGAAAGACCGAGGAGCUCUACUGCAUCUGCCGAACGCCUUACGACGAAGCACAGUUCUACAUCGGCUGCGACCGCUGCCAGAACUGGUACCACGGCCGUUGCGUGGGCAUCCUGCAGAGCGAGGCCAACCACAUCGACCAGUACGUGUGUCCACAGUGCCAGUCCACAGAGGACGCCAUGACCGUGCUCACGCCGCUCACCGACAAGGAUAACGAAGGGUUAAGGAGAAUCCUGCGCUCCUUACAGGCUCACAAAAUGGCGUGGCCGUUCCUGGAGCCGGUGGACCCGAACGACGCCCCAGACUACUACGGAGUCAUUAAGGAACCAAUGGACCUUUCUACAAUGGAGGAGCGGUUGCAGAAGCGCCACUACAUCAGGCUGACGGAGUUCGUGGCGGACAUGACCAAAGUCUUCGACAACUGCCGAUACUACAACCCCAGCGACUCGCCGUUCUACCAGUGCGCCGAGGUCCUCGAGAACUUCUUCGUCCAGAAGCUCAAAGGGUUCAAAGCCAGCAGAUUGUGAUGUCAUAAGUCUGGCCUUGUAGUUGGAAUCUGAGCUGGGUGCCGGGGUCACUCUAAAAAAAAAAAAAAAAAACAUUAGGCUAUCCUGGACCUUGCUGUUUUUAAUUCUUUAAAACAGCGUCAAACUAUUUGUAAGAAAGUAUAUUUACAGUAUAAACCACACUGGUGUGUUUUUUUGUAUUUUUAGAAGGAAAGACACUUUAAAAACAUUUCUCCAUUUGACAAUGGCAGCCAUGUUGGUCACAAACAGCAAUCAAGGGAAACAUCUGUUAGGUUUUUUUUUCCUACAUUCAUUUCACAGACAACAGACAUUCGAUGGAAGUUGAGUUCAUUCCUGUUUAUAUCUCAAUCCGGUGACUUGUGAGGCACAAUAUCAAGUUUUCGAAAAGGUUAGUUGACAACCUCAUCAUUGGGAUUAGAUUUUGCUCAAAUGUCGGAACUUAUUUCUCACACAUGUAAUGUUGCAUUCAAGUCAGUUCCACAUGUGCAGAUGACCUGUCACUUAAUUUAACGGAGGACGGUUAUUGUAUUGAUGAAGUGCAAAGAUUGUACCUCCUCUUAGCUGGCCAUUUUUAAAAAGAUUAGCAACGUUUACCAGUUAGUCUUUUAUCUGAUUUAUUCAUAUAUAACGUUAUUGUUUUGUGUGCAUAUUAUAUCCUUUUGUGAAGGUGUAUUAUGUGUUCAAAAGGAGAGAAAAAAUGCUAAGAUAUAUAUAUAUAUAUAUAUAUAUAUAUAUAUAUAGGUCAUAGUAUUUUGUGUAGCUUUGCAGUUAAUUUCUGAUGAACUCGACUGUCCCACGUUUUAAAUGGUAUGUUCUCACUGUACAUACAAGCCUUCUAGAACAUUAAACUAAUGUAACACCAACAUGGCUGCUCUCUCUGCUCAAACGUCUGACCCCACUGGCAUCCAAUAAGAGUUGUUGUAUUCCCUCAUGCACAUUUUGUGAUUUGUCAAGCUUUUAAUUUCAUUUUUCAUUUUUUUUUAAACACGUCAAGCGAUCACAUCAACUGUUUCCCCUUCUCUCUGCGUUCUGUAGGUCUCAUAACAACAAACUGCAGUCUACAGCCUCUUAGAAUACACAGACCGCACUCCUUCUAAAGCUUACUGUCAAAAUGGCUGCCAAUGUGGUUCCCCCUGAACACUCAUACUCCAAUGGGGAAGCCAGGCUACUUCUUACCUGUCCCCACACACAUACCACACCUGUCGGACUUGGGAGUGGGAGUCACACCCCCUGUUUAAAACCAGCACACACUCCUCGAAGAUCGUAGCCGACGCGUGCUUCAGGCCGAACGGCCUUGGUACCAAACCGGAUGAGCCCUCGCCACUCCUCAACCACCUCUAUGGCCGUGGAAAGAGAAGAGACUGGCAGUGGAAGGCUCCAUUAUCCAAACCCUUAGUGUUCAUGAUGGGUGAUACCACAUCCCCAACAAACAGGGGGAGGGAGGCUCAGACUUUCAGUUCACAGCCUGGUUCCUUCCCUUCAAAACACUUCCGAUCUGGUGGAUGAAAUGGAGGGAUGGCGGGAGAAAACCCCCCUGAAGUCAAUAAGCUAAUGGGCUGUUCAAGGGCAGUACGAAACAAGGCAGCAGUAGACUCUUUUCAAGUUGUUAAUUCCUUAACUAAUCUCACAUCUCUUUUGUAUCAGCUAUUCAUCCUUCCCUGGGGUCAACUCCCAUUUCAGACUGUGUAUGUCCCAAAUGUCACCCUAUUCCCUAUAUAGUGCACCACUUUUGACCAGAGCCAUAUGGGUCCUGGUUCAAAAGUAGUGCUCUAUAAAGGGAAUAGGGUGCCAUUUGGGAAGACAACCACGGACAUUUUCCAGCUGUCUCUUGUUUCCUCAUUCAAAAUGGGUCUAAAUAGCACACACACACCUGUCUGGCUGCUUGUGUUUGGAACGAGCUGAUCCUAGAUCAGAUCCCACAUGGUGCCACCUUGAAGAUGCAUGUGCCCUGACCUCCAAACAGGCCAUAGAGAGUCCAAGUUACCAUUUCUAUGUCAUGUCUCAAUGUGGAAAUGCUAUCCUGUUUGUAAAACCUUGUUUUUUCAGAUGUUGAACCUGUUUUCCUUUUUCUUUGUUACCACCUAAGACGGGAAUAUUGGUGUAUAUGAAACGACAGCCGACAUUCAGAAAACAAGCUCUAUUUCUCGCCAUGUAGAGGCUUCUCGAACAUUUUUAAUUGAAGACAUUCAUCCGAUGAAAACAAGAAAAGCUCUCCAAGUCUUUCGACAGGAAAAUAACAGAGGAUGGACUUGGAGAAUGUGAAAGCCGUUAAAAGGGCAUAUUUAACCUAAGUGUACUGACCAUCCACACCGCAAUCCCCCCCCCCUCAACUCACAGGCCCCCUAUAAAGGAUUAAGUCAAAUGCUUUUGAGUUCUGCACUGCAUCAAGUAAACAUGCUGUGGUCUACAACAGUAAAUCAGGAAGUCAACCUUCGUUGAAGAAUCUUCAUACUAAGUUGGGGUUUGUAUGAAGAUUUCUUUAGGAACUCUUGGCCAUUUUGAUCAUAUUUGGAACUCUUCUGUAAUAAUUGUGUCGAGGCAGUACUGUUUGUUGGGGGGAGAACAUUUUUGGAGUUGUCAUUGGUGCUCUUAGUUAAUCUCUUAGGCUUAGGUUUGAAGAGGGGUUGGGGUAAAUUUCAUUUCAAUUUUGGAAGUGAACUGAACCAUUUUCAUUGGAAUUUUAGUUUACUUCCUAAAUUGAAAUGGAAAUAACCGAAACCCUGGUUUGAAGUGCCAACAACUUUUUCUGAGGUGGACUGAGUUGAGAGAUGAGGUGACCGAAGUCUGUCUGUCAGGUCCUGUUCACAGACCUGUUUGCAUUUCAAACCAUGCACUCCAGUUUCUAUUCUUACAUGCAUCGUCCACCAUUUUGUAUUUCAUGUUGUAUAAUAUGGCUGUCGAUAAACAAAGAGAUUUUAGAGGUUUUUAUAGCGUUAGUACUUUUCUUUUUGACCGUCUUAACCAGCAACUAAGCCUACCUGUAGAUUCAAUAGAUAGAGAAUAUCUUUUGUCAUAGUGGACUCUACAUUUAGGUAAAAUUGCCCUUUAUAUUAAAAGUGCUGCAUAUUGUGUGCAUAUUGAUUUAAAACCGGGCGGGGAAUGUUGACUCUUUUUGAAGAGUUUUUUUUAUUUUAUUUUUAAGAACCAACCAGUUCUACACAUCUCUUAAUAACUUCAUCACAAUAUCUGUUGUUAUUUAUUCAUAUCGCUGAAAAUAUUUCAUUUUUUUUUAGUAAAUGUAAGAGGAAACAUAACUGGGGGAAAAUACUCUAUGUUUUUAACAGAUUGUGGCAACUCUUAUGAGAUCCUUUUUUUGUACUUGAUAGGACAUUUCAUCCUAGAUAAUAAAGUCAUGUUUUUGACAUCAAUUGUC